AUGUUAGAGAUUAUAUCACAGAUGUUUUCUGUAAACGUGCUGAGAAUAGUUACAACUAAAUUGAUUGCAGAGCUGAAUGAAAUCCUCUCACAUGAUGUUGUUGAUGAAGGUGGAAUGUGGAAAAAGAAACUGGGGAGCCAAUCUCUCAAGCUUUUUGAAAUCUUACCACAAGCCAUUCAGGAGCAGUUGCUGCUGGAAAGAGAUCCACAUGGAAAUGUGCAGGUAAUCAUGCUAUUGGUUGAAUGGAUAUCCAUUGAUUACAUAAGUUAAUGAUUAUCCUUGCCUCUUUUAUCCUCUUGUUCUGAAAUUAUUUCCAGUUCAGAUUCAUUCAGCAUGAAGGAAUAAGGUGAUGCUGAUGCUAUUUGUUCUUAUUAUCUAGGUUGCUAAAAUAGAAACAGAGAAAAUGCUUAUAGAAAUGGUGGAGACUGAAUUAGAGUCCAGAAAGAAGCAAGGGUUAUACAAAAAUGUGUUCAGUGGACAAUCUCAUUUCUUCAGGGAAUUAAAAACCUAGUGCAAUUAGAUUAAGACAGUGAAUGGAAUAAGACUGUGAAAAUCUUGCUUCCAUUUCCCCUCAGGGUAUCCAACAGAAACAGUAAGGAGAUGAACAAUGGCUGAUAUAACAGUUUGGUUUAAAUCCUUGUUCUUUUCCAGAUAUGAAGGAUGAUGUGGUUUACCUUCAAA